UUGAAAUACAAAUGCCACAUCUAUCAUAAAUCAUCAAUGAUAUAUUAUCAAAAGAAUGUAAAAUGUUUCUCCUUUGCAGAGUUCGUUUUGGCUUAUGUUAAAUCCCUCAGUUCGGGGGCUUCACUUCCGGUUCCUCUUCGUCAUGGCCACAUAGAUCCACUAAAUUUGUUUCAGAGCGAGAGGAAAAAGUGACCAUAUCAGUGUAUGGCUCAGUUUACUCAGCACUUGAUUUGACUUCUGUACUGUAACCUUUGUGGCUGACGCUGCUGACCGGUUUUCUUUCGUGGACCAAAAUGUGCAGCCUGUGUGUGUUUACAUUCAGUGGAGUGAUCUCUCAAAGUGCGCAGGGGGUUUUAUCCCGAUAGCUAACGUUAUCGUUAGCUCUGCAGAGCUGCAAUCUGUGGGCCGAUCCAGCUAUUGUUAUCAUCCACAGAACAGGUACUGUUCAAUUCACAAAGCCUCAGCACCAUGAAUCUAAUACGUCUAGUGUGCCGUCACAAGACAGCCCUGGUCAUUGGCAUCGUGUGCAGCUUUGCUGUUGUUCUUGUCUUCUUGGCCAAAUGUACAUCUGAAACCCUGAAACAGGGCCACGCCGACCCUCCAGGCUUUGCCCCCCGUGCCAGUUCUUUGCAGCUCCACCCAGACCAACAGAAUCCUCCUUCCACAUCCAAAGACUUGUCAGCAUUCCUUGUUGUCCUCAUCACAACAGGACCUAAAUACACAGAGCGAAGGAGCAUUAUUCGCAGCACCUGGCUGGUCAAGCGGGACUCUGAUGUUUUGGCCAUGUUUGUGGUAGGAACUCAGGGGCUUUCCAGUGAGGAUCUUCAAAACCUCAACACAGAGCAAGGGCGGCACAAAGACCUGCUGUUGUUGCCUGAAUUGCGAGAUUCUUAUGAGAACUUAACACUCAAAUUGCUACACAUGUACUCCUGGCUGGACCAGAAUGUGGAGUUCAAGUUUGUUCUCAAAGCAGAUGAUGACACAUUUGCUCGCUUGGACCUCAUCAAAGAGGAACUGAAGGGUAAGGAGUCUAACCGGCUGUACUGGGGCUUCUUCUCAGGGAGAGGGCGAGUGAAGACAGCUGGAAAGUGGCGAGAAAGCUCUUGGGAACUGUGCGAUUACUACCUGCCCUACGCUCUGGGUGGAGGCUACGUCCUUUCGGCUGAUCUAGUUCAUUAUGUGCAUCUUAAUGCAGGUUACUUCAAAACCUGGCAGAGUGAGGACGUGUCACUGGGUGCCUGGUUGGCGCCAGUAGAUGUCCGGCGAACACACGACCCACGCUUUGACACAGAAUAUAAAUCACGUGGGUGCAACAACAAAUACUUGGUGACACAUAAACAGAGCUUGGAGGACAUGUUGGAGAAACACCAGACACUGCAGCGGGAUGGCAGGCUCUGUAAGGAGGAAGUCAAGUUGCGUUUGUCGUAUGUGUAUGACUGGAGUGUGCCACCCUCACAGUGCUGCCAAAGGAAAGAUGGCAUUCCCUAGAUACUGCCCUGCAUAAGAUUCAGUUGGCUUCUGAUUCAUUGCUUUUGAAUCAGAAAUGUAAAGGAAUAGAAUAACCUAGGCUGAUGAGAUGAGAAAUGGAAAAGCCAACUUCAGCCUCGUUUCCUGUUUGACCUGUGAGCUCAUUUGGCCUUGUUAUUUGGAUCAGUCCUCUCCUCACCGCCAGCCUGCUAUGUCAGAAGCCUACUUCCCUCCUCUGUCUGUGCUUCUGCUGUACCUCUAGUCUAAUGUUUCAAAAUGCUAUGUGAUGUUACAGGGUAUUUUUCUGUUGUAGAUAGUACGGUGAAACACAGACGGGAGAAUAUUACCCUGCCAUGAUGUCUGUUUCUUUUUUUGUAAAAACAAUUUCUUCUUGCUAUGUAUUUAUUGUUAAUUUAUUCUGCAGCAAACACAACACACUGGUACUGAGGGAGGGACAUAUACACAGUGAAUGUGGUUGCUGCUUGGAAUUUAAUUUGUAUUUAUAAACAGUGAAAACAUGAUUUACAGAAUGAACAGACUCAAAAUGUUCACUUUUUAAAUGUAAAGCUUUUGUUUACGAGCGAUGGUACACAAGGUUUGAGGUGUACACAGUGUGUACGCUUGAAUGUGUUUUCAUUCUGCAGGCCUUCUUGUUACUUAAUCUUGUUAUAAUGGAAUCUAUGUGGGAGUCCAAGAUGAUAUUUACAUUUCCAAGGUGUCAGUCACACUUUACAUACCAUCACAUCAUCAUUGUGCAGCACACCACAGAUUCAGAUGAAAACACUUCAUUGAGACUACCAGCUGGCACUCAGUCACUUUCUUAUAGUAGAAACAUGAUUCAAAGGUCCAUGAAUAAUUUUCAGUAGCAGUUUGUUUUUAUCUGGUGUUACUUACCUGAAAUCACUCCUUGAUGUUGCACCCCAAAACUCCAAAAUAAUGUAUCUUCAAGAUGCUUUGAUUAUAUGGUAUAAUGCAUUGGGAUACUAAUAACUGAAGAAUGUUGCAAACUUCUAAGCACAUUUUUAUGUCUGCUGUAAGGUUUUUGUGACUAAUGACAUGACACUAGCACAUUGACUCAAGGAAAUGUUCAGUGUUUUUCCAUUGUCAGUCUCCCUAGAUGUUUUAUUAAAAUUUUAAAUGUAA